AAAAAAUUAAGCAAAUAUGCACAUCACUGUUUUGUUUCUGUCAUCAUUUAAAUAUAAUUUGUGAUUAGUAAGCACUGGCAUCACACAGAGAGAACAAAAGAAAAGGCCAAACAAAGCCGCUAGCUUGGUUUAUCAGCAACAGAGAUGCAGGAAAUGGAGGUCAAAGGAGAGGUUGCUCCCACUUAUUGUGUUACUGGAGCCACUGGGUUUGUUGGGUCUUGGUUGGUGAAGGUUCUGCUUGAAAGAGGCUACAUGGUUCAUGCCACUAUCAGAGAUCCAGCAAAGUCUUUGCAUCUACUAUCAUUGUGGACGGGCACUGACCGGUUGAGACUAUUCCAAGCUGAUUUGGAACAAGAAGGAAGUUUUGAUGAGGCUGUAAAAGGCUGUCAUGGUGUGUUUCAUGUUGCAGCUUCAAUGGAAUUCGACAUUAUCCACACAGAGAAAGUUGAGGACUAUGUUCAAUCAAACAUUAUUGACCCUGGUAUCAAAGGGACCUUAAAUCUUCUCAAAUCUUGCUUGAAAUCAAAAUCGAUAAAAAGGGUUGUUUUCACAUCUUCCAUUAGUACCAUGACUGCUAAAGACAGCAAUGGAGAUUGGAGACCUGUAGUUGAUGAAUCCUGCAAGACCCGCGUCGAUCAUGUCUGGAAUAUGAAAGCAAGUGGAUGGGUUUAUGUACUGUCCAAGCUUCUAUCAGAAGAAGCGGCAUUCAGAUUUGCAAAUGAGAAUGGCAUUGAUCUUGUUUCAGUAAUAACAACAACAGUUGCUGGUCCAUUCCUAACUCCAAGUGUUCCUUCAAGCAUCCAAGUUUUGUUUUCUCCAAUAACAGGAGACUGCAAGUUCUUCUCAAUACUGUCUGCUGUAAAUACCAGAAUGGGAUCACUUGCUUUAGUUCACAUCGAAGAUAUAUGCAAUGCUCACAUAUUUCUAAUGGAGAAUGCCAGAGCAGAGGGCGAAUAUAUAUGCUGUACUGGAAGUUGUGUAAUGUCUGAAUUGCUUGAUCUUCUUGCACAAGAGUAUCCUUCCUCAAAUUUGCAGAGCAUUGAAGGGAAAUUUCAGGCCUCAAAACCACCAGAAAUUUCUUCAAAGAAGCUAAGAGAUUUGGGUUUUAGUUACAAGUAUGGAAUCAAAGAGAUCAUUCGUCACACCGUUGCAGCCUGUUCGGAUUUGGGGUUUUUACCUCCCACCAGAAAGUAACUUCUACAUCCUUAAAAACAUAAAUGAAGGAUUUGAUUAUUCUAUACACGUUCAUAUCAGUUUCAGUCAAUCAACAUUAAGUAGUUGUGCAAUAAUCAAAGCAGACAUUCAAGAACUGAAUAGAAAAAACUACACAACUAUAUGUAGUGAACUUAUGGGGCUUAAAUGUGGCGACGGGUUUAACUCACUAAACUCUAGUUUUCCCAACUAACUCUCUAAACUCUAGUUUUCAUGGUGAAGUAACUGUUGUUAUGAGGACCAUACUAGACUUUUUUCAUUAUAGAGUCCUGUGAAUGUUCUUUGUGAAA